AGUCCUGACUGGCUUCCUGAAGUGCAUCCCUGCUGUCAAUGGAUCCCGGGCAGGCUUCAUUAGUCGUCACAGAGAGGCAGUGCCGUGACUCAUGCCUGCGUAAAGAGACCAAUGGGCAGCCUCAACCUCAGAUAUAAAUAACGAAUAAAAGACAUUCUUGAGAGGAGAAGGGGUCAACGUGCGCACGGCUGGAUGUGAUUGUUUUAGCGCGUCCCUUCCAUGGACUGCUUCUUGUCGCGUUUAUGAUUCAGUUAGUGCUUGGAGUCGGUAACUUGUGCGUCCGUGUGCCGACCUGCAGCCUCUCUCACCACUGCACCGUUCUGUUUGACGCUGAAUUAUUCACCAGCUUGGACACCAUUUAACGGAGAAGCUAUGGCGACGUCUGAACCUAGAGCCACCGGGGCGGACCAGGACCCCAACACGGCUAAUUUAAGACCCACGUCUGGAACCUACGAAUAUGCGUGGAUGCACGGAUGCACACGGAAACUGGGGAUGAAGAUUUGCGGCUUCCUGCAGAAGAACAACAGCCUGGAAGAGAGAGGGAGGCUGGCCGGCCAGAAGAACCUGCUCUCCUGCGACAACAGCGACAGUGAGUCGCGCUUCCGCCGCACAGAGAUCGACUUCUCCAACCUGUUUGCCCGAGACCUCCUGCCAGCCAAAAAUGGAGAGGACCCCACUAUACAGUUUUUGCUGGAGAUUGUUGACAUCCUCACCAACUACAUCAAGAAAACCUUUGACCGCUCCACCAAGGUGCUGGAUUUCCACCACCCUCACCAGCUCUUGGAGGGCAUGGAGGGUUUCAACCUGGAGCUGUCUGAUCAGCCUGAGUCCCUGGAGCAGAUCCUUGUGGACUGCAGGGACACACUCAAAUACGGCGUCCGGACAGGCCACCCACGUUUCUUCAACCAGUUAUCUUCUGGUUUGGACAUCAUUGGUCUUGCGGGAGAGUGGCUCACUUCUACCGCCAACACCAACAUGUUUACCUAUGAGAUUGCUCCGGUGUUUGUGUUGAUGGAGCAGCUGACUCUGAAGAAGAUGAGAGAGUUGAUUGGCUGGCCAGGCGGAGAAGGAGAUGGCCUCUUUUCACCAGGGGGCGCUAUCUCCAACAUGUACAGUGUGAUGAUUGCUCGCUACAAGUACUUCCCCGAGGUCAAGACUAAGGGCAUGUCUGCUGCUCCCCGCCUUGUCCUUUUUACGUCGGAACACAGCCACUACUCUAUAAAAAAGGCCGGAGCUGCUCUUGGCUUUGGGACGGACAACGUGAUCCUGCUGAGUACAGACGAAAGAGGGAGAGUCAUACCUGCAGACCUAGAAGCUAAAAUCAUUGAUGCAAAGCAGAAGGGUUAUGUGCCAUUGUUUGUGAAUGCCACAGCUGGUUCCACUGUGUAUGGUGCAUUUGAUCCCAUCAAUGAAAUUGCUGACAUCUGUGAGAAGUACAACUUAUGGCUCCAUGUGGAUGGUGCCUGGGGCGGUGGACUACUGAUGUCCAGGAAGCAUCGCCAUAAGCUAAGUGGAGUUGAGAGGGCCAACUCUGUCACAUGGAACCCCCACAAGAUGAUGGGUGUCCCCUUACAGUGUUCUGCAAUCCUAGUCAGAGAGAAGGGAAUCCUAGCAGGCUGUAACUCCAUGUGCGCCGGCUACCUGUUCCAACCAGACAAACAGUAUGAUGUCACCUAUGAUACAGGGGACAAGGCAAUCCAGUGUGGGCGACAUGUUGACAUCUUUAAGUUCUGGCUCAUGUGGAAAGCUAAGGGCACUGUUGGCUUCGAGUAUCACAUUGACAAGUGCUUGGACCUGUCUCAGUACCUGUACAACAAGAUCAAAAACAGGGAGGGAUUUCAGAUGGUUUUCAAUGGAGUGCCUCAGCACACAAACGUCUGCUUCUGGUACAUUCCACCCAGCCUGAGAGGAAUGCCCGACAGUGAUGAGCGGCGAGAAAAGCUCCACAGGGUGGCGCCAAAGAUCAAGGCCAUGAUGAUGGAGUCAGGGACCACCAUGGUGGGCUACCAACCCCAGGGCAAUAAAGUCAACUUUUUCCGCAUGGUUGUGUCCAAUCCUGCUGUAACCCAGUUUGACAUCGACUUCCUUAUUGACGAGAUUGAGAGGCUGGGCAACGACCUGUAGUUCUCUAUAAUCUUGCAUAAAUACCAGUCAGGUAAAACAUUAACAGUGCUGCAGAAAGACAAUGAUAGAAUCUGGUUUUGGUUCUUUUUAUCCAGUAGUUGUUUGCCUGAAGCAUACUAGAUGUUCCAGCACCUUAAGAGAAACAAGAAAUGAGGUUUACUAGUCCCCAUAGUAGUCAAAAUAUAUAAAGUUCUCCAGGUACAGAAGGCGUACCUAAAUAAACAUGACGUUUGUGAUGUGGAGUCUUUUAAUAUUUAUAUGUAAACCUAUACAUUAGAGACAUUUGUUUUUUGUUUGUGUGUGUGUGUGUGACUGGGUGAGUGUGUGUGAUGAUCCUAAAUAACAGAAGUGGGGUAAAAAAGCACAGAACAAUAUACUGAAGUAUCAUCAAAUAAUGUUGCUUUAUCACACAUUUGCUACUCUUAAUUGACAAAUGGAUGCUUUAUGAUGUGUGUAUAUAUAUAGUUUAUAUUUCAUUUGCAUGCAUGGGCAUAUUUGUCCUGAAUCAUUGUCCUGAACUCCUAUGGCAGCGUGUGUGCAACUGUCUUUUUGUGUCAUGUACUUAAAGCAAAGAUGCAAUGCUAGUGCUCUGCUAAAAGGAUUUUGCAUCCUCUGUAAAUGGAGCUAUAGUCUGCAAUAUCCUCCCUCAUAAAGAUUAUUUCUCAGAUUAAGCUUUUUAAUGUUCUUGAAUAUCCCAACCCUGUGAAAACCUUUGUUUUGUUUAAAGCAGGCUCAUUUGUUCCGUGCACUCAUGCAAUACUCAUAAUGCAAGUAUAAAAAUAGAUAGCAAAUGAAUAUAGGCUUAUAUAAAAAUACUUUAAUUUCAUUUCCACCGUUUGCAGAUUCAGGUAUUUUAAUGUAGAUGUGUCUUUACCUGCAUUACAUGUUAAUAGAUUUGUAAAAGUAAUCACUAGACUAAAGUAAAGUUUAUUAUAGUGAUGUCUGCCAAAGAAAGAGAACCAGGACCAGAGCAAUCAAUUUCUUUUGUGUGAAACUUCUUAUAGAUUCUAGAUGUUUCCAAAAUGUUAUUUAUUGACCUUGAGGCUCAAUGCAAUUUCUAUUAUUUAUUUCUGUGAAUAAGUCUUUUGCCUGAAUGUUCUGAGAUGAAGAAUUGGCCUUCUGAUUAGAUUAAGAAUCGAUCUAUAUAAACCUCUGGCUGCUGUGCCGGUCUUAUUUUAGCAAGAAGCACAAGAAUGUGAGAAUGUACUCUCCUCUGGAGACUGGGAAGAAAGUUAUGCAUCUAUCUGAACCCUAAUGCAUUUACUGUUGUAUAGUGUAUUAAUUGUAAUACAUAUUAUUGUUAUUCUUAGUGUUACUGGGGCCAAGUGGAAAAUCUUUUAUGAAGGUUGCUGUUCAUGUCUUUGCACAAUCUUCAUCUUUUUUUUGUUCCAUUGUAAAUAGCUGUGUAUUACAUAGGAUAUAUGUUAACUGCAUAUUUAUGGUAAUUAGGGACCAUAUGGAAACAGCACAAUUGCAUAUUUAAUAUUUAGGGUUAUGUGUGUACUGGAUGUUGCCAAUGACUCUUGUAUGUGACCAGUCUGAAUUUUAAUGAAGCCAACAGUAAGGGAAUGUGUCCCUUAAGGUUUUCAGAAGGCACUUUAACAAAAAUCAUACUGUUAUUAAAAAAUAUAUUAAAUAAAGUCUAUUAAGUGGAAAAAAA